AAGUGUGCCUGGCUCAGAAGCCAUGUAGGCGCUGUCACAGCAGCCAGCGGGUAGUUUCUUGUGAACCUUUUCACUCAUGGGCUCUUCGGAUGUACCACACGGGUUUUCCUUUAUCCACCGCGCGGUGUUGGCAUGGCAAGUGUGCUGGGCUUCCCGGUUUUAUCUUGCUGAAGCAAUGAGGGACUCGAUGCCCGAGAUCUUCACGUCAUCUGAGACCUGGGAAACCUCAGGAGCCUCAAACAGAACUGCGAUUUGGUGGGACGAGCGCAUGCCUUGCAACCCGACGUUUUUCAUCACACAGAACGGAAAGUCUGAGUAUCGAAGACGCGGUAGCCGAUUCGAUACGAAAAGCUUCACGCAGCGCCAAGUUUGCAGAUUGGCUUUUUGUGCCGUCCACAAAGAUGACCAGCGAGGGGCUCCAGCUCGACGAGCUCCUCUGGAACAAGCUUGAGGAGAACGAGAACUUCCGCGUCUACAUCUACACCUACGAGAUGUCGUUGGUAAACCCUGUUACUGGGAAGUGGGGCCCGUUUUAUACUGGUGUGGGCGGUGCUUUGCGUGAUUUUGCGAAGCACGAUAGGUCGAAAAACCGAGUCUCCGUUUUGUUUGCGUCUGGACGCGAGGGCAAAUUGGAGCAAUACUGGAGUUGCCACAUGAAGGUUGUUUCGAUCGAUGACACGGAAAUGUAUCUUGGAGGAGUGGAGUGGCUCGACGAUCGCUUGUCGUCGUUCAAAGGGUACGGCAGUUGGAUGGAUCUGCAAGCACACAUUCCUGGCGGUGAGACCGUGGCGCACUACACUGAGGUCUUCGAGAGCAUGUGGCGCACAUUUUGCGACGACCCCUCAAAGCCAGCCGACUCAGGCUCUUGUGACACGGCGACCCUCGUGGGCCUGCACGUGGACAAGAACUUCCGACCAAGGGAGCCUGGACUGAAGGCCAAUCGCCUUCCUGCCACCGCCAGAUCGACACUCUGCUCUCUGGAGCUCUCUGGUGGGCAUGCACGUUUAGGGAGUGAGAUCGCCGAAGGGGGCUUGAGCAGUCACAUGGGGGAGUCGCUCGAAGGGACCAGACAUGAAUAUCAGGAAGCGAUCUACCUCACGUACGUGAAAGCCCUGAGAGCAGCGGGCACGGUAUUGAUCGAAGACCAAUACUUUUCGUCGGGAUUCAUCAACCCGUUCCGCGGCCAGGUGGCAACAAAUGUUAUCAUGAGUGCGUUGGAGGAGACUAAGUCGGCAGCCAUCAUUCUGCCUCUAUCGUCCGCCGCAGCAGUUCCAACAUUUCGAGCGAUGGUGCAGUGGAAGACGCGCCAGUGGAAUCGCUCUCACAACGUCAGCCUGGAACCGCUCGGUUGGUUUAACACAUACAAGGCUGCAGACCUUCUGAAGUUAGACACGCUGGAAGCGCCCCACGUGGACUUUUUCUUCUUGAUGCACGCUGGGGCAGACAACGAAAGCGGUGACAUUGUUUUAGACCAGAAGUUCGUACAUUCAAAGGGACUGAUUGCCCUCGGUGGGAAACUGGAGUACCCCCUUGCGGUGGUAGGGUCUGCGAACAUUAAUGACAGAAGCUUGCUUUCCAACCGCGACGCUGAAAUUUCAGUCCGAAUCGAGGGCGAUGGAGUCGUGAAUUUAUCCAGCUGCCUGCGGCACACCUUGCCAUCGUGCUGACGCAGCUUGGAACUGCAUGCAGGCUGGUGCUGCCGAGUUCUUUAAACAGGCUCGGUAUCGAAACAUCUUGUGGCUGUUUCUGAAGCGGCUCUACGAUGCUGCACUGCGGCGCAGCUGUAACAUGUAGCAUUGCAUUGUUGUUUGGUUUUGGGCCGUCUUCAACCCAUCUUAUCGAGACGGGUGUCAG